AUGCUUAGAAUUUUUACUUUUGAUGAGAAGAGAUUGGGUAUCCAUAAUGAAAGAUUUGCUUAUAUUCCGGUAGAUUCAGAAGAGGAGAUCACCAAAGGACUUGAAAAUACUAAAGAUGAAGAAGUUUUUGAAACAAAUUUUUAUCAUCAUUAUCCAUUAUAUGUCAACAAUUAUGCUGUUGUAAAAUCAAAUGAAAUUGAACUUAGAUCAGUAUUGAACCCUGGAAAAUCAAUCAAAAUCAAAGAAGAUGAAUUAACUCAAGCAAUAUAUCAAUAUUACCAAGUCGAACAUAUAGAUUUUUACGUGUUUUAUAAAGAUGAAUCUGAUUUACAAUUUCUUAAAGAAAAUUCAAAUUGUCAAACUUCACAACCUAUUUUCACCAAGAUUAAAAAAUGUACUAAAGAAAUAACUAAAAAAUACGUUGAAAGUCGUUUGAAAAAAGACUCAUCAGGAGUAAAUCUUAAUUACUAUUACAUUGAUGAAGAAACCCAUCAAUUGAUAUUGACUUCAUUAAUGGAGGAGUUUGCCUAUAGAACACAUGAUGUUGUUGUUGAUAAAGUUGAAUCAAUUCCAUUGUCUAACAUUGAAUUAUAUUAUAAGCUUGGUAAUGAUGACGGGAAUUACAAGACAAUUGAUGGUUAUAGAGACAUCAAUAGGUGCUAUGAUGAUGAUGAUUUCUUACGAGAUGAAAUAACAUAUGUACCACAACUGAAGCGAAACAUGGACUGA